AUGACGGAAAUGUAUUCGGGGCUCCACUUGGAUCAGCGAUUUCCUUCCCUGGAGGAAUUCAAAUCGGUGAUCCGGAGCAUCUCUGUUCGACAGCAUUGGGAGCUUCGUGUGAUACGAAGCAACAAGAAGAGUGUGGUCAUUGGCUGUCGAUCUGGGGCCAAUUGCUACUUCCGUGUGGUGUGUCGCUCGAACAAGAACACGACGUACAUCACUAGUCUGCAGGACAGUCAUAGCUGCCGAAGGACUUGGGAUUCGCCGACCCGGACCCCAGUACGCUCCGAAGCCUCACACGUACGAUUUUUACUCAGCGAGAUCCCGAGACUCUUUGAUAUGAAAGCGAAAAUUAGGAGUCAGGAUGUCGUGGACGCUGUGAAGCGUUAUCAUGGGUAUGACAUCUCCACGAGGCAAGCCCAGCGCGCAUUGAUCCGACUGCAAUCACAAGAUGGUACCAAUCAGAACGGCCAUUCUUUGAGUCUAGAUAUGAGCACAGGUGACCAGCACUCGCCCACCCAGUCCCAAACUGAAUCGCAGGGCGAUGCAGGGCCAGCGUACCGGGACAUAUCAGAGACUCGCUGGAUAUCGGACCCUCUUCAGUCUACGUUGAUGGAGGAUACCGCUGUAAAUGCUAAUGAACCCCCGAAUAGUUCUGUGGCGCCAACGCCAGCUCAGUCUGUACGGGUGCCUCAGAUACCACCUCCAAUCGGAAACCCAGGCCAAUCUGCGAUCGGUAAUGACCCACGCCCUAUGACCGUAUCGCAGGCUGGAAUCGGAUAUCCAACUACUGGUGCUCUGCCAUUAGCAGGCCCCUCACAAUUCAAACCUUCAGACUAUCAGCCGCGCAAUGAGCAUCCUGGAAUGCCUCAAAUGGUUAUCUCGGACUUCAAGAUCGAAUUUACCUGCACGACAUGUGGAGCCCUGAAUCAAAGCUUUUUCCCAAACCAGGGCAAUGUUUCCGGUAGCCCUUAUAUGACACACCACAGUGUUCCAAACCCGGGCGCAGUCACGCGGCAUGGCGGCCCUCCCCAGCAUGGCCCAGAUGGCAAUCCCGGCGACGUUGCCGAGGAUGAUGGCUAUACCGUCAAUGCCCUCAACGCCCGCGUGAUGCAGAACCCGUGGGCAACUGGUGAUUUGGGAGUUCCUAUUGGUCCGACGAAUACCUAG